GGAAACAGACAGCUGCCGCAGCCAGUAAACUACUUGUACGAACAGCCGUCGGCGGCGGCUGGAUACAGACAGCUGACGCAGCCAGUAAACUACUUGUACGAACAGCCGCCGCCGGCAGCUCAGUACUACAUGGACCGUAGAGCCGCAAUGGCGGCGAUGCCGUACAUGGGCGGAGGAGAAUUGCUGCCACUGCCGCCUUCUAUUUAUUUGCAGGUGGACGAGUGUAAAAGCAUUCCGGCGGUGGCGGCUGCUUUUGUGGGCGGCCAGCAAUGCAUUUUCAGAUUUCGGGUCUUCCGGUUGUUAUUAUAUAGAAGAGGCGGAAGAUCAAAAGGAGGAUACAUCCACAUUAUUACUUCCGGCGGUGGCCGGGGACGGUGAUUUUCUGCUGUUAGAAUUUUCUCAAGAGGUGCUCACCGGAGUCAGAUCCUUGGUUAAGCAGACAAGGAGUCAAGGAGAAUGCCUGACUAUUUUAGCCCUCGGAUUCAAAUAUUAAUGUACCAGACUUCAAACAUGACAGCAUUCCGGCGGUGGCGGCUGCUUUUGUGGGCGGCGCCAGCAAUGCGUUUUCAGAUUUCGGGUCUUCCGGUUGUUAUUAUAUAGAAGAGGCGGAAGAUCAAAAGGAGGAUACAUCCACAUUAUUACUUCCGGCGGUGGCCGGGGACGGUGAUUUGCCACUGUUAGAAUCUUCUCAAGAGGUGCUCACCGGAGUCAGAUCCUUGGUUAAGCAGACAAGGAGUCAAGGAGAAUGCCUGACUAUUUUAGCCCUCGGAUUCAAAAAUUAAUGGUAAAUGAUUAAGGGUCUCAUUUUUUAAUUGAUGAACAUGCAUAUUUACAUUGAUAUACUUUUGUAAUCCCUUUAGGGCCUAUUUGUUUUUGGAUAAUCUCACAUGAAUUGAAGGUCGUAAUGUGAUUCUAAGAAAUUUUAGCUGUUCAUGGUUCACAAGGGUUGAUAAAAAAUCAGGAAAGUUGCAUGUAAUAAAUAAAACGUGAUGCUCAUUCUUGUUUUUGGUUAUUCCGCAGUAAUAAAUAAAACCAAAAAUUAUUUACUUUACCACUUUUUUUGUGAUAAAU